AUGCUUGGAAGGAACGCUGCCCGCCCCUUCGGCAUGUCCCCUUCGCGCAUUGUCGCUGUCUACAGCACCGCCGCCUCCCAUCGGAUAGCUCACUGGAUCGCACGCCCCUUUGCUAGUGUUCAUAUGCACCGCUACAUCACCGCCGCUCCUCAACUCCUCCUCACAAACACAACAACCUCCUCCUCGCUCGACUCUGUCCUCCCCGCUGUUGCUGUCGCUCCCGGAACCACUUCUGUCGCUGGAAUCCAUACCUCCUCAGUCUCAUUACAGCAACACCAGCUCCAUAAUCAGGUGCUGCAGCAGGACCAACAAGCUCCCUUGUCUGACAAACAAGCUUCGACAGGUGCUCCUACUGGCGCUAGUACCUCUUUUAUUGCCACUGGUGCUACAGCAACUUCGACUGCAGUCGCUAGUUCGCCUUCGACAGUGCAGACGCCGGGAUCACAAAUUGCAUUCAACUAUCUAUUAGCGGCCUCGUGGCAUCCGAAAUCCCGACACAGGAAAGCGUCUUCUGCCCUAUCGGCUUUAUCAUCCAGCGCCUCGAGCUCCGAAGACGAGAACGACGAAUCCGGGGCAAAGUGGUGGAAACAGAAAAUGAGAGCAGGAAAGGUUGAUGCUGGAGAGGAUGCCUUCUUCCAUGUCUCUACCCCAAGCCGAGUUGCUCUGGGUGUUGCCGACGGUGUCGGAGGAUGGUCAGAGGUUGGAGUGGAUCCAGCUCUGUUCUCUUGGGCACUCAUGGACAAUGCGGAGGCUGUGGCUCGUUUGACAGACGUGGAUCAGUCAGGAGUAGAUGCAAAGGUUAGCCAGGCAGACCACGGCCCCAGCAAGAUUCCUCUGGAUGCUCAGACAAUCCUCGAUGGCGCCUACAGUGAGCUGGUUCAGAGCGGCAAGGUUGAAGCAGGAUCAAGCACUGCAUGUAUUCUCUCGCUCUGCAAGGUCACAGGAACUCUUCGUGCAUCCAACUUGGGUGACAGUGCCUACCUGCUCAUCCGUGACAACAAGUGCAUCUACGAAUCGCCUUCUCAACAGCACUUUUGGAAUUGCCCCUAUCAGCUUACAGUCUUGCCACCAGGAUACCCAGGUGCGAAGCAGCACGUCAUGGAUAUGCCCAAGGAUGCUGCCCAGACGACGCACCAGUUGCAGGAUGGAGAUGUGAUUGUGUUGGCGACUGAUGGAUUCUGGGACAAUGUCUUUUCCAGGGAGGCGAUUGAGUUGGUCCACAGGGAAUUAGGCGAUGUGAUCCAGCAGACCAAGGGUGGACUGGGACAGGGCGCCUCGGUCGAGGAUGUUGUUGGAAGAGUGCGGGCGCUCUCUCAGCGAUUGACCAACACUGCCCGCCGUUUCUCGCUUGAUCAGAAGCGUAGGACACCCUUCAGUCAAGGCGCCAGACAUAUCCGUUCCGGAGGCAAAGUGGACGAUAUCACUGUUAUUGUCACUCUUGUUCGUGCUCUGACCAACAACGAGCAUGCAUAG